AUGCAUAAACCCUGGACACAAACUUUUAUCCUGAUUGCGAUUUCAGAUUCUAUGGAGGAGCGGGAGAGCCAAAAGGCUCGCGACAAACGAUUGCUACAACUCUUCAAGAACUUGGAUACACGCAAUGAGGGGCAUCUGGAUCUUGAGGGGCUGAGACGAGGACUGCAGAGAAUCAAUCACCCUCUGAAAGACGCCGAACAUUUACUACACGAUAUUCUUGCAGCAGUCGAUACCUCCAAGGAUGGCCUCAUUCAAUAUUCCGAAUUCAAGCAUUUCUUUGAAGGCGCCGACAGAGAGUUGUGGAGAAUAUUUCAUUCGGUGGAUGUGGAUAAGAAUGGAAAUAUAGACAAAGGAGAACUAAAAGCCGCGUUGAUUCGCGCUGGAAUUGCAGUCGAUCCUAAUCGACUGGAAGAAUUUUUCGAGUCAAUGGAUAGGAAUAACGACGGCGUAAUAUCUUUUGAAGAGUGGAGAGAUUUCUUAAUGUUUAUGCCGAAGGAAGCCACAUUGCACACGAUCUAUUCGUAUUAUCUUUCAACUGUUAGCGUUAAUCCGGAGGGUGAUGUCAAUCUGAGUGAUGAGAUCAAUCUCAAAGGCUUAGGUUACUUUCUUGCCGGAGGUGUCGCUGGGACCGCUCCUAAAGUAAAGCAUGCAGCAGUUGAAGCAGUGAAAGGCGGUGAACCAUUACAGGCGGCAAAAAAAGUAUCAGGACCACUCAGGGAAUCUAUCAGGACAUUGUGGAGAGCCGGUGGCGUGAGAUCAUUCUUUGCAGGGAAUGGAUUAAAUGUUGUAAAGGUGUUGCCUGAGUCUGCAAUCAAGUUUGGCUCGUUUGAGGCAGCAAAAAGGACUCUUGCGAGAUUGGAGGGCGCAGAAGAUGCCAGUCAAAUAUCACCAAUGGCUCGAUUUCUUGCUGGAGGUAUUGGAGGGGUUGUUUCUCAAUUUUCUAUAUACCCCAUAGAUACAUUGAAAUUUCGCAUGCAAUGUGAAACUGUGCAGAAUGGCUCCAUGGGCAACAAGCUAAUAGCAGAAACCUUUCAAAAAACCUGGAAAGCCGGCGGACCCAGUGCCUUCUACAGAGGUUUAACUCUAGCUCUGGUCGGGAUUUUUCCAUACUCGGCCAUCGACCUCGGUACAUUUGAGUACAUGAAGCGUACCUACAUUAAGCGCAAGGCAAAAAAGUUAAAAUGCAAUGAAAAGGACGUGGAGGUACCGAAUUGGUUGGUUCUUGGAAUCGGAGCCACAAGCGGGAGUGUGGGGGCGACGAGUGUAUAUCCAAUCAAUGUGUUGAGAACGAGACUGCAGGCACAGGGAACAGCGCAGCAUCCCCAGACUUACACUGGUAUGUGGGAUGUUGGGAUGAAAACAUACAAUGCCGAAGGCUUUCGGGGAAUGUUCAGGGGCUUGACGCCGAAUCUUCUGAAGGUGAUACCGGCAGUGUCGAUUUCAUACCUUGUAUAUGAAAACUCCAAAACGGCGCUAGGCUUGAGCUGA